AUGGCGACCAACCUCGAUAGCACUCUGGGCGUGCUGUAUAUCUCCACUCUUGUCUCAGCGACCUUGUAUGGAGUGGGGUGCACACAGAUCUGGUUCUAUUUCCGAAAGUAUAGGAUUAAAGAUCCAUGGUGGGUCCAGACCCUGGUCGGACUCCUUUCUGUCUUCGACACUUGCCAGCAGGCAGUGCUCAGUGGUACUGCUUACACCCAUAUUGAGCAAACGCUGAUCCGUCUGAAAAAUUGUUUCCUGGCAGCAUGCGUUUACCGCUACCUAGUGACUUUCCACGACACUGCAGCAAUCAGAGUCGUACUAGUGAAAACACUCAUUAUCGAGAUAUUUUUUUCGAACUUCAUUGCGAUUUUUGUCCAACAAUUCUACUGCUGGAGAAUCUAUAAACUAAGCAACAAUAUAGCUUUAGCCGGGUUUCUGACUUGCGUGGCAUGGGCUAGCCUCGCCGCUAUCACUGGGAGCGUCUUCGAAGUGGGGCGUUUCUACACCAACAGCUUCAUGGUUACUCUGAAUUCGCGCGAAUACAUCCGCUCGAUGACGGACCCCACGAAUCGCCCCGAAAGUUACUCACUUCCUACCCGUACUCCGGGAGUCAAUUCCAUACCCAGCCAGCAACUAGCCAUAAGGAUCGAUACAAUGACCGAACACGAUACCGACAGGCAAUACCCGGAGGAUGCGAAAGGUGCGAAGGCCCAGGUCGCUUAG